UUAGAAGCCUCAUUGUUUAGAACUAAGGAUCUGGAAGGAGGCAAAGCAAACCCGGAUUUUGGGGCCUCCCUUUUUCCUGGUUCCGAUUUAAACCAGCUCUGGUUUCUUCGUUCCCAAACCUGGGCCUUUGCUGAACCCUGCUGGUCCUUUUUCAGACUAACAGCAAACGCAGAGAAGAGAGGAGUUUCCUUGCCUGCUCUUGAGCUGAACCUCUUUUGGGCUCUGUUGAAAAGCAGUUGAUCUCUCCCCUCUGCUGUUUUUCCUCCUUGCUUUUCUUUAUCAUGGGGGCCACUCGCUGGGGGAUCUGCUCUGCAGGGAAGAUCGCUCACGAUUUCCUCGUCGCCCUGAAAACUUUGCCACCCGAGGACCACCAGGUGGUGGCCAUUGCUUCUCGGGACCUCAGCCGGGCUCAGGAAUAUGCCAAGAUCCAUGAGAUCCCCAAAGCCUACGGGUCUUAUGCAGAACUUGCUGAAGAUCCAGAUGUGGAUAUAGUACACAUAGGGGUGGUGAAUCCCUAUCACCUUCCCACCACCCUGCUCUUCAUUGAAGCCAAGAAGAAUGUGCUUUGCGAGAAGCCCAUGGGCAUGAAUGCGGAAGAAGUGAAGACAAUGGUGCAGGCAGCUCAGCAACAGCAAGUCUUCUUCAUGGAGGGAUAUUGGACUCGUUUUUUCCCUGCUACCGAGAGAAUCCGUUCCUUGCUUAGCCAAGGUUCAGUUGGGGAUGUGAUGGUAUUUCACGCUGAAUUUGGGAGCCCCCAACUCACAAUCCCUAGAUGUGUGGAGAAGGAAAUGGGAGGAGGUGGCCUUCUGGAUAUUGGUGGCUAUUGUAUCCAGUUUGCCUCUAUGAUCUUCAAUGGAGAAGAACCAGAAUCCAUCACGGCCUCUGGAUUCCUUCAUGACACAGGUGUGGACAAAACCAUAUCAAUCAUUCUGAACUACUCAGGCCAACGUCAGGCUGCCCUUACCUGUACCAUGACGGCCAAAAUGCCCAAUCGAGCAAGCAUCAAUGGCACCAAGGGGAUGAUUGAGAUUCCAUCAACUUUCUGGUGCCCGACGGAGCUGUUUGUCAGUGGACAGAGUGAGAAAUUCCUCCUGCCGCCACCUUCCCUGAAAAUGCACUUUACCAAUAGCACAGGCCUGCGGUAUGAAGCAGAACAUGUCCGACAGUGUCUUCGCAAAGGUUUAAAGGAAAGCCCAGUUCUGACCCACAAGGACAGUCUGCUGAUCAGUUCCAUCCUAGACGAAGUUCGGAAGCAAGUGGGAGUGUCGUACCCUCAGGACAAAGCGCACCAUCAGCACUAAAUAUGACACUUUCUCAUUCCUUCUUACUGUACAUGGUUUUGGGCUCCCUUUAUUGCCAACUUAAGCCAAACAUUUCCACUUAGCUAUAACCAGAAUCCACGGUAUGCCUACAACAAUGUAUGGGUCAGGCAGCAGAUAUUGUGAAGCUUCUAUGACCAAUAAAAUGGCUUUUCCCACAUCAAAA